GGCCUUAGCGUUUGCAAAAUGACUAAUGAAAACCUAGCUCAACCAGAUCAGCACCCUAUGAUAAGCUACAUCGAUUUGUGGGAUAGGAACAACAACGUUACGGAAAUAGAGAUUCCAGUGGCGUUUGGCAAGAUUGCUGGAAAAUGGUUCGGACCGAAGAAUAUUCGACCGAUCCUGUGUUUACACGGAUGGAUGGAUAACUGCGGCACUUUUGAUCGACUGAUUCCAUUGCUUCCCAAGGAAGUCAGCUUUUUGGCGAUCGAUUUCCCGGGACAUGGUUACUCGUCACGCAUACCAGAUGGCAUGGCUUAUCAUCAGAUGGAUAGUGUAUUAAUACUGCUGCACAUAAUGAACGAAUAUCGGUGGGAUAAGAUGGCAAUGAUUGGGCAUUCUAUGGGAGCAAUCAUAGCUUUCAUGUUCACGUCAAUGUUUCCAGAUAAGGUGGAGUUUCUGAUUGGAAUUGAUGCCCUUAAACCGCAGUCAUAUUACCCGAAAAGAUUUCUUUCUUGGGCUCCUGUGAUGGCCAAUAAGUUGCUUGAGGCCGAUAAAAGGAAUCGUGAAAGAUCGGAACCACCAGCCUACACGUAUGAGGACAUGCUGGAUCGUUUGUUUGAAGGAACCAUGGAAUCUGUAACGAGAGAAACUGGUCCAUAUUUACUGCAAAGAAAUAUCAAACCGUCCAAAAAAUUUCCCGGCAAAUAUUAUUUUGACCGUGAUAACCGAAUAAAGUACAACAACAUUCCCGGAUGGUCGGAUAAAGUGAACUACGCCCUGGCAAAGCAAAUCAAGGUGCCACAGCUGGUGAUCAAGGCCAUCGAUUCACCCUAUCCUGGUUCCAAAGAAGGCUUCGAUGAAAUGGUCGCCAUACUUAAGAAACAAAAUUCCAUGUUCCGCGUGAAGUAUUUGAAAGGUUCCCAUCACAUUCAUUUGACCGAUCCGGAAUUGGUGGCACCCGUUGUGACAGAUUUUCUACGGAAACAUUGGGUCAGACAGGUCGAUGAGGUUGUUAGCAAAUUGUGAUUUAUCGGAGUAUAAGGAAUGCAUGUUGUAAAUUAUUUUAUUUCUAAAUUGGAUUAGGUUUACUUUGGAUUAAAUUAUAAAAAUAUACCAAAUGACGAAACUUUUAUUCAAU